CUUCCAAGAUCCAUGUGAUAGCAAUAGAAAGCCCGUUAAUCUUGCUCUUUGCAUGUUGCGAUCAAUUCCAUUCGCUUCACGUAAAUGUGCGACGAGAUAUGGCUUCUCGAACAACAGGUCCACCUUCACCUUCCGCCAGCUUCUACGAUGUGAGUGACGAUGACGAAGGCGGUUACAGUACAAUACGCCCCAGCGAUGAUCCCAGGAAGGGUGUCAAACUACUCUUUGCGAAGAGCAAAGUGUACAUGCAUCCAACCUCGAGCGCGAAGGAUAAUGUCCCGGGCGUGAUUUCUCUCAUGCAGCAGAAAGGCGACGCCAACUCUGAUUUUCUGCUGGCAUGGGUGCCGGAAGGCAGCCUACGAGAUGUCCGAGAGAAAGAGACAUAUGCCAAGGUUGAAACAGCCAGCAUCGACUCGGAAGAACCUCCAAAACAGUCCCAUCUAGUGGCUCGCCCGCCGGUGGUCGCUUCAAGCAGCGGCACUGGCGCGUUCGCCGUGCCCCUGUCCGACAUCUUCUCUGUCCAAAUUAGGAUACCGAGUGUUGGCUGGUGGUUUGGGAGUAUCAUUAUCAACUCACGAUCCGGGAGCAGUUUCCCAGCUCUAUUUUUCCACGAUUCCGAGUGUCAGUCUACCAUCGCAAAAAGGAAGAAGCAUCAGCGAGAGAACUUCAGCAUCAGCGAUAUGUUCUGGGGCGGAGAUCAAGUCGUUGAGUGGCUCAAACGAUAUGUUACGGUGGAGAGGUCAGCACAUGAGCUGAGCAUUUAUCUCAUUGAGCCUUCGGAAUCCGACAAAGUAUCAUUUGGAUCCGGCGGAAAGCCCACUCAAGACAAAGUUCGGAAUCUCCUCGAGGGCAAUGACUCCGAUGUCGCCUCAACGCAGAACGGGCAAGGCUCGGGACUAGAACAGGUGGUGACGGCACUGAAACAAGCCAGGUGGAACUUUUUGGAGACCAUGGCACAAGUCACUACAUUCACCAGGCGAACGGCGCAAGCUGUGGCAGAUAAUCGCAACAUACCUCCUCAAGUACGACGUUUGAUGCAAAACCCUCAGGUACAGACUGUAUCAGAAGAAUUUGACUCUGCGCGCAUCUAUCUGGCACGAUGGGCUAUGGGUAUUGCUGAGCAAUCCGAGAAAGAGCGUAAUGCUCGUAUAUGGCUUGCCAAGGACGUCUUACGCAUGGAGAACAGUGACUUGGGACAGUUUGAACUUCUCGAUCUGGACGCUCAAGGUGCUAGUCUUACGGACAAGAGGAAACCUGUGACUCAGAAAGAAUGGAAUGGAUUUUUCAAUAUCAGAACAGGGCGACUAGAACGAACCCCAGACGAGGUCAAAGAACGAAUCUUCCACGGCGGUCUUGCCGAUGACGGCGUUCGCAAAGAUGCCUGGCUGUUUCUACUCGGGGUCUACGACUGGAACAGUACCAAAGAUGAGCGACAUGCGCAUAUGAACAGCCUUCGAGAUGAAUAUAUCCGCAUGAAGGGAGCUUGGUGGGAAAGUAUGGUGGAUGGUACUGGGACUCUUGAGGAGCGGGAAUGGUGGACAGACCAGAAGAAUCGAAUCGAGAAAGACGUACAUCGCACUGAUCGACACCUUCCUCUCUUCGCUGGCGAAGACAUACCUCAUCCUGACCCGGACAGCCCAUUUGCAGAGUCAGGCACCAACGUACAUCUCGAACAAAUGAAGGAUAUGCUACUGACGUACAACCAAUUGAACCACGAGCUCGGCUACGUUCAAGGCAUGUCUGACCUGCUUGCACCCAUCUAUGCAGUCUCGCAAGACGAUGCCGUUGCAUUUUGGGGCUUUGCGAAAUUUAUGGAGCGUAUGGAGCGCAACUAUCUUCGGGAUCAGUCGGGUAUGAGAUUACAACUACUCACUCUCGAUCAGCUUGUACAAUUCCUUGAUCCACAGCUGUACGAAUAUCUCUCCAAGGUCGACAGCACCAACUUUUUCUUCUUCUUCCGAAUGAUCCUUGUCUGGUACAAGCGAGAGUUUGACUUUCCCGACAUUCUUCGCUUGUGGGAGGUCAUGUGGACCGAUUAUCUGACCUCUAGCUUUCAUCUCUUCAUCGCCGUCGCCAUCCUGGAGAAACAUCGCAGCAUCAUUAUGGAGCACCUGAAGGGAUUCGAUGAGGUCUUGAAAUACAUUCAAGAACUUUCGGGUACCAUUGAUCUAUCGUCGACAAUUAUCCGCGCGGAGGCACUCUUCCGACGGUUCCAGCGCAUGGUUGAGGCGAUCGACAAGAAACCCAACUUUCCCGCAUUAGAAGGUCGCGCGCCAUCGGUGCCAUCAUCACCAACACGCCCGAGCGGUAGUGCUGGCCCAUCGCACAGCCGCGGACCAUCGUCUGCAUCAACCAUGUCGAACAACGAAACGCAGAAGGUUAUCUCUCCUGAAUUACGGUCGCUUCUGAGCCGAACUAUACCUGUCCUCCCGAAAAAGGGUUCUGACGCGAAGAGCAAGCCCGCCAGAGCCUAAUGAUCGUUCGUAUCACCGGCUCUGGUGUUCGGCAAGAUGUGGUGGUCGUUAUUUGAGUCUUGCACGGAUGCAGAAUGCGGUUAUCCAUCAUCGUUAGUUGGUUCUGAGAUUGAGCUAUGUGUAUUUUACGAGCGGCGUUUCAUUCUGGAAAUGGUCGACAUAACGAUCAGGGUAGAGACGGCGUUAGCAUGCGAGGGUAAUCACACAGCUUAAGGGGUUGAUAAAAAUGAUAUUUCAUAACGACACUACGAUGACACGUGAAUUCCC